AUGGUUGCUCCUAUAGAUAAUUGCAUGCAGCAGCAAGAUGAGGACCCCGAGCUGCUGCUGCUGCAGCAGCAGCAGCAGCUGCUGCGCCAGAUUCUGCAGCAACAGCAACAGGAAGAGGCGCAACAUGAAGGAAAACUGCAGCAGCAACAGCAGGAACUGCUGCAGCAUCAUCCACCAGGGCUUCUGCAGCAGCAGCAGCAGCAACAGCUGCAACAGCAGCAGCAGCAGCACACUGUCUCUCCUGUAGGGGCCCUUCAGUGCGUGCUGCCAGCAUCAACACGUUGGCACUGCAGCAACAGCAGCAGCAGCAACGCCUUAACAGGGGACUGCCUACUAGUAACGAAGUCGCUGCUGCUGCUGCUGCAGCUGCAGCAGGGGGCCCCCCUCUCUCUAUUAGAUUGUGGUACUAAGGCGAAGCCCUUAGCUGUAUCCUGGGCCCUUACAGCAGCAGCAGCAGCAGCAGCAACAGCACCUGCAGCAGGAGCACCUACAUCCCCUGGAGAUGACGCUAGCAACAGCAACAGCGUCUCCAGCAGCAGCAGCAACAGCAGCAACAGCCACUGCAGCAGCAGCAGCAGCAGCAGCAGCAGCGGGUUUGUGGGGAGACGUGUGUGCCUUGGCUUUGAGUCCUUGGGGUGUCUGUUCAUCACAACGCAUGCAGAUCGCAGCGUGCGGCUGUGGCGCAUGCAGCAGCAGAACCUUAACCUGCUGCAGGUAGACCCCCAGCAGCAGCAGCAGCAACAGCAGCAACAGCAGCAGCAACAGCAGCAGCAGCAGCGCCGUAUUAGUGGAGCAAUGCCUCUUGCUGCUGCUGUAUCGACGCAUAGGCAGCACAUAGGUGACCCCGAGGCCUUAGCGGUGUGUGGGGGCUGCUUGCUGCCAGCAACAGCAGCAGCAGCAGCAGGAACAGCAGCAGCAGCAGGAACAGCAGCAGCAGCAGCAGGAACAGCAGCAGCAACAGCAGCAGCAGCAGCAGAAGGGGGAUUUUGGCUGCUGUGCGUUAGUGGAGACACACGAGGGAAGCUUGUCUUCUGGCAAGUAGAGGGGACUGUCUCCUGCAGCAGCAGCAGCAGCAGCAACUCUGCUGCUGCAUGCAAACCGAAGCUGCAUGCAGCAGCAGUGCAGCCGCUGCAGCAAAAGGUUGUUGAGCUUGCUAUCCUCUCCUUAAGAUGCAACGGCUGCAGCAGCAACAGCAGCAGCUGCUGCUGCUGUGCUGAACGAGCUCCGUGGCACUGCCAUGCUGCUGCUGCUGCUGCAGCAGCAGCAGCAGCAACAGGAGCAGCAGCACAUGAGAAAGGAAAACGGAUGUCUCCUGCUGCUGCAGAGACACAGCAGCAGCAAAACUCUACAGAUGAUGAGGAGGAACCGGGAGAGAUUAAAAGCAGCAGCAGCAGCAACAGCAGCAGCAGCAGCAGCAGCGGCAGCAACGGUGGCUGCUGCCGCAUUCUUGCUGCAGUUGGCUAUGAAGGAGGGGCCUUGCUGCUGCUGGAUGUGCUGCAGCAGCAAGUGCUGCGCAGUCUAGGGAGACACCAGGAUCGUAUAACAAGUCUCUGCUUUAUAAGGCCUUCUCUGCAGCAGCAGCAGCAGCAGCAGCAGCAGCAGCAGCAACUGCAGCAGCAGCAGCAGCAGCAGCAGCAGCAGGAUGUAUAUGGGGAAGCGCAUGCAGGAGCAGAAGCAGCAGCAGCAGCACAAGGAUGGUUGUUAGCUUCUGCUUCCCGUAACCAGGAGCUGCUGCUGUGGCAGCUGUCUCCUGCUGCUGCUGCUGCUGCUGCUGCUGCUGCUGCUUCUGCGGGUGGUGUAUUGUUGCAGAUGCGUUUAUCCACCACAGAGUCUGGCAGCAGCAGCAGCAGCAACAGUAAGGGUAGCAGCAAACAGCAGCAGCAGCAGCAGAACAGCAACAGGCUAUGGCUGUCCCUAUCAUGGCAUGCUGCUGCACCUAACUGUCUCCUUUUAGGUUCCUUAUCUGGUGAGCUAAUGUGUCUCCAUCUGCAGCAGGCCUUAUUGGAUGCGCAGCAGCAGCAGCAGCAGCAGCAGCAGCAGCAGCAGUUGCUGCUUCUAGUGCCACAACCUAAGGGAAGCAAAAAGAAACGACCCCAACAGCAGCAGCAGCAGCAGCAACAGCAUCUAACGAGGCUGCUGCAGCCACAUACACGACCUAUAUUUUCUAUUUGCUGCUUUGCUGCUGCUGUUGCUGCUGAUGCUGGCAGCUACCCAACAGAGACAGCAGCAGCAGCAGCAGCAGCAGCAGCAGGGGAUGCUGCUGCUGCUGCUUCUCCUUAUUUGCUUAUGCUUACUACCAGCUUAGAUAGACAGCUGGUAUUGUCAGCUCUCCCCCUACAGUCUCCUGCGGAGACAGCAGCAGCAGCAGCUGCUGCUGCUGCUGCUACUGCUGCUGCUCCGGCAGUAACUGAUGCUGCAGCUGAAGGAACAGCAGCAGCAGCAACAGCAGCAGCCACAGCAACAGCAGCAGCAGCAUUACCAGAAGAUGUUUCUGACAGCA